AUGAGCUACGCCGAAGUUGCUGCCAAGGGCCCCAAGCAGAGUCCUGAAGAGUCGGACGACGAUCUUCGAGGGAUUCGCGCACCCCCCGUACCAUCGCUCCCACACUCUGAAUCCGAGUCGGCAAGCUUGAUCGACGUCGAUUCGCCGCAUGUUACUUCUGUCAAGUCCGAUUUUCCGGAACAGGAGAUCAAGACGGAUACCCAGGCCGAGCGAGUCGAGCAUGAAGAAGAGGACAAGGCUCGUGCCGAAGCCCAAAAAGCAGCCGCCGCGGCUGAAAACGCUGCGGAAAGCGCUAAGAAGAAGGCCUCUGCAAAGGGCAAGCAAGUGAAGGACACUCUGAAGAAGGAUGGUCACAAAUUGAGCGAGAACAGAGACAAUCCUGUUGUCGUUGGAAACGCGCUCAUCUGGGGAAUUGCGACUGUCGCCAUCGGCUACGGAGCAUAUCAGAAACACACCGAAGGCAAAUUGGACUGGAAGCUUGCCAGCACCGUGGCAGGAUGUGUUGGUGCUUUCGCUGUGGCCGAUUAUUUCGGCAGCAAGUGGCUCUUGGAGAACAAGUAUCCGCCUAAAUAG